AUGUCCCAUCCAGGACGGCCGUUACUGGCCGCUCGACUGUCUGACGAAGCAUCAAAAGACGGCGGUUCGCCCGGCUCCGGUCGACAGCCCGGUGGUCGACCUAAGCGCACAUUAAUUGAGAGCGCGUGCUCCGCAUGCCGACGCAGAAAGUCCAGAUGUGACGGCUUGAGGCCAUCAUGUUCCCGCUGCCAGAAUCUAAGAACCGACUGUCAGUAUGAGGCCGAGGAGGGCGAAAGUCGCUGGUCAGCCCUGCGGCGUCGCAAUCAAGUCCUUGAAGCCGAGCGCGACCAGGUCCGCGAGUUACUCGCCUUUGUUCAAACCAGACCCGAGCCAGAAGCCAUGGACAUUUUCCAGCGAAUGAGGCAAACUCACUACGAUGAUGUUUUAAUACUGUUGCGUCAAAUUAAAGAGAACACGAUGGGCAUGCCACCUGGUAUGGGCCCUCUGCCGCCUCAAGGUACCGCCGCAGAGCGCCUUCCGCCAAUUCAGACCAUUCUCGACGUCCCAGGACGCGGCAUGACACCUGUUCAUCCACACCUCACCCAUAGCCACUCUUUGAGUUCGGAAGACAGCAGAGGMUCGUCAGUGCCCGACCUCAUCGGUGGCAUGCCGCAGCAUCGUCCACACUUGGAACCACUUGAGCCGAGCCUCCUUGCGCAGCACCAGCAGCAUCAACAGCAUCAGGGACAUCAACAUCAACAACAGCACCACAUGAUGCCUGGCCCGAUCUCCUACAGCUCGGAGGAGAGCUCCAAUUCGAUUGGAUCGACCUCUAUGGACGCCCCUAGACCGUAUCAUACGCCCUGA